AAAGAAAAUAUCUAAGCUAAGCAGCACUUUUCCCAUUUGUUUGCAUUCUUGAAAACUUCCCAGCAGCUAGCCCUGAUCUCCUCCCAUUUCUUUAUCAUAUAUUAUCAUUAUUAUAUUAUACUAAUUCCCCUAUUCUUCUAUAUAUUAUUCUCCCUUUUCUCUUUCCUUUUUGUUUUUGUCCAUUUGUACCAAAACAAAUAGAUCAAAUGUACCACUACCACCACCACCCUUUUCCUUGUUUGCAUUGCCACCCUCAUAGCUAUAUCAGAAUGGUUCAAAGUCUAAUAGAGAGGUGUUUGCUCCUUCAUAUGGACCGAGAACAAUGCAUUAAAGCUCUCGCUAGGCACGCCAGAAUCCGCCCACUCGUCACGCUCACCGUGUGGAGGGAGCUACAAAAAGAGAACAAAGGCUUCUUUCACCAAUAUCUCACCCAAGUAUCUCUGAUUCCAAAUCUAGGUAGGCAUGGGAGGAUAUACCCAAGAAAUGGGAGGAGGAGCCAAUGGAAAUGAAGAAAACAUACACAUGUCUGGUCAGGGAUAGAUGUCAUGAAUUAAUGUGGUUGUCCUCGAAGCUAAGGCAUAAUAAUGAAACAGUGGCCGAUGUUUUAGGGUUAUUUAUAUUUGGAAAUUAUAUAUAUUUACCUCGUAAUUAUCCUAGUAUAGAAUGACGUGUAGCUUGUAGGGACCAUAUAAAUGAAGAAUGUUUUCUUAUCCUUUCUUAAUCACAUCUAUCGAUCAUAACAUGGUAAUGGCUGUAAUAUAAUAGUCUCUUGUAGAUAUCUCUAGAUAUAAUACUUUGUAAGUUUGGGUUGUGAAACUUGUGAUUCAAUAUUGUAUAAUUAAAUGUAUAAUGCAUUGUAAUUGCAUGAUCUAAAUGUUUUUUUUUUUU